GUUGACAUCCAAGCCGCGGCCUUAUAUAAGCCAGACCCUGAAGGGGAGGCCGCAGAAGGGUUAAAUAGGUCUCCCGGCCUCGGCGUCCCAGCGCGCGAGAGGCCAGCGGGCUGCGCGCCUCUCUUCAGCCUUGCCCCACACUGCCCCAGAGCCGGCGUCCAGCAGAGCGCCACCCCGGAGCCCACGGGUGGCCCCGGCAGUCUGUGGGGCGCAUGGGGCGGCGCUAAUCGCGCUGGCGGCGCAGGCCAGAGGCCGCUCCAACAUGAACCUCGUGGGCAGCUACGCACACCAUCACCACCAUCACCACCAUCACCACCCACACCCAACGCACCCCAUGCUCCACGAACCCUUCCUCUUCGGCCCGGCCUCGCGCUGUCACCAGGAGCGGCCCUACUUCCAGAGCUGGCUGCUGAGCCCCGCUGACGCUGCCCCGGACUUCCCCGCCAGCGGGCCACCGCCCACGGCCGCGGCGGCCACCGCAGCCUACGGUCCGGACGCCAGGCCCGGCCAGAGCCCCGGGCGGCUGGAGGCGCUCGGAGGCCGCCUGGGCCGGCGGAAAGCCUCAGGACCCAAGAAGGAGCGGAGGCGCACAGAGAGCAUUAACAGCGCGUUCGCAGAGCUGCGCGAGUGCAUCCCCAACGUGCCUGCGGACACCAAGCUCUCCAAGAUCAAGACUCUGCGCCUGGCCACCAGCUACAUCGCCUAUCUGAUGGACGUGCUGGCCAAGGACGCACAGGCCGGCGACCCCGAAGCCUUCAAGGCCGAACUCAAGAAGGCGGAUGGCGGCCGCGAGAGCAAGCGGAAAAGGGAGCUGCAACACGAAGCCUUUCCUCCUGCCCUGGGCCCAGGCGAGAAGAGGAUUAAAGGGCGCACAGGCUGGCCGCAGCAAGUCUGGGCGCUGGAGUUAAACCAGUGAGCUGAGGCCGCGCCGAGGACCCCGCCACGGCUGCCCGACCCCGGAGCCCCGGGAGGAGAGGAAGGCGGCGGCGAGGGCCAGGCUCUGGGUGCCAGGGGCUUAUAGGGGCGCAUCCCGCAGAGCCUCUGCUGCGAGCUGGCAGGUUGCCGGCUGCAACAACACACUUGGAUCGCACGUGCAAUGUCAUUUGAAAUUGUUUUUAAUACAUUAAGAGAAAGAGAAAUAUAUAUAUAUCCACCCCCCCCCCAAACUGAGAGGGCGGCUCUUGGCUGCACAAUGCGGGAGAGAGGGACUGCGGGACUCCAGCGCGCUAAAACGCACCCUUCCAACCCUUCUGGGGCGAAUUUAGAACCCCCGAUGCUUUCUCCACUUUGCCUACUGGCUCUUUUUCUCGUCCUCCUGUCCGCUUUGCGGCAAAUCCCCCGAGCGCUCUCUUCCCAAAUUAAAAUGCAAUAAGAGGAAUCAAUAGUUUUCUGCCAGGGAAAGAGAACCAAACCAGGAAGAUGGAGGGCUGCCUUUUGUUGUUCUCCCUCAAACAGUGGUGUUUUAUUUUAUUUUAUUGUCGCUGCACUUCCUAUUCAGUUCCAAGGGAAACGCUUUCUCUCCUUCCCUCCUUUCCUUCCUUCCUUCUUUCCUUCCUUCCUUCCUCUAUCCCUCUCCCUUCUUCCUUCCUUCCUUCCUUCCUUUGUAAAUAAAAACUUUUCUCUAUGUUGAAAAGUUUUUAUGUAUUUAAACUACCUACUAUGCCUGCUGCGCUCAGGUGUUUGUUUAUCCCCCAUCCCUACCCUUUUUCUACCUCAAAUCUAUAAGACCACUCACUGCCCCCUCCCUUUGCCAAAGCAGUAUCUAUGCUCUUGACUAA